CUAUCACUUGUCAUUGUCAGCCAAGCGCGAUAUUAUGGCGAUAUCUUUUAGUUUUGCAUAUCAUCUGAUUCUGUGAAUUUUAAUCCAAAUUACCGCAAAAUGUCUUUUAAAAUCGUGACUAGAAGUCUUGGUACACUCAGUUAUGUGGGGAGUUAUAAAAAGUUCCGCGACCGUCCCAUCAAAUCUUAUUGCGCAGCUAUCCUCGGCGCUGGCUACAUAGCAUACACCCAGCACCGGAACAACAAAACACAAUGCAAAGAGCUCCUCACACUCAAGAGCUACAUGGCGGAGCCGAUCACUCCAGUCGAAGAGUUGGAACGGAACGCGGAUACUAUGAAGGCGCAGAUGGAGAUGCUGAUUAUGAGGAUACAGGCGGAGUUCUGUAGGGCUCUCGAGGGGGAAGAGGAUAAGGAUUGGGUGGAUGAAAAAGUAGAGGAGCUCGAUUUUGAGGAAGAAUUGUCUAUUACUUGGCCGGAAGCAAAAUUCAAAGUGGACAGAUGGGAGCGACCAGAAGGGGGCGGUGGCAUAACCUGCGUUUUGCAAGACGGGCGCGUGUUUGAGAAGGCUGGUGUCAACAUCUCCGUUGUCUCUGGGACGCUGCCCCCAGCGGCUGUGCAGCAGAUGAGGAGCAGGGGUAAAAAUCUAGAAAACACGGAGCUACCAUUCUUCGCGGCGGGAGUGAGCGCGGUCAUUCACCCCCGGAACCCCAUGGUGCCCACCAUACACUUCAACUACAGAUACUUCGAGGUCGAGGACAAAAACGGAGUACAAUGGUGGUUCGGCGGCGGCACGGACCUGACGCCAUAUUACCUGAACGAGCAGGACGCAAAGCAUUUCCAUCUCACUCUCAAGGCCGCCUGCGACGAACACGACAAGUCAUAUUACGCUAAAUUCAAGAAAUGGUGCGACGACUAUUUCAACAUACCUCACCGUGGUGAGCGGCGCGGCGUCGGCGGCAUCUUCUUUGAUGACGUGGAUUAUCCUGACCAGGAGAGAGCCUUCGCCUUCGUGACGUCAUGCGCUGAGGCGGUCAUACCCAGCUAUAUGCCUUUAGUCAAAAAACACAAAGACGACGCCUACGGUUAUUACGAGCGGCAAUGGCAGCUGCUCCGUCGCGGGCGCUACGUAGAAUUCAACCUGAUUUACGACAGAGGCACAAAGUUCGGACUCUACACGCCGAAUGCGAGAUACGAGUCCAUAUUGAUGUCUCUACCGCUCAAUGCUAAAUGGGAGUACAUGCACGAGCCGGCACCUGAGUCCCCAGAAGCUAAACUCUUAAAAGUCCUAAAAGAACCCGUCGAUUGGGUUUCAAAAUCUUCAUCUUCAAGAAGUGCAGCUUAAAUUAUACUCAUAUUUUAUACCCAGGUUAAAAAUACAGGAAAAUCGUUGGUAUUUAUAAGGAAUAUACAUUUUACCCCAAUAAAUGGUGGUUUUCGAAGUUUAUUUUA